GGCUCAAGCCGUUUUGGCUGAAAGUCGCGAUUCGCCGCGCCCCCACAAUAAGACUCCGCGCGCGCGCUGGUCGCAGAGAUGGCUUCUGAGGAGGUGAAGGAGGAGACCGCCGCAGAUGUCGAGAUGAAAGAGGAGGCCAAGGAAGAGGCGAAGGAGGAGGCCAAGGCAGAGGCAAAGGAGGAGGAGGAAGUCAAGCAGGAGGCUGUGCAGGAGCCCAAAGAGGAUGCCAAGGAGGAGUCCAAGGAGCCGGAGAAGCCGAAGGAGCCAGAGAAGCCCAAGGAGCUCGAGGAGGACGCACCGGAGGAUGCGAGGCCGCGAGUGGACGCCGGCGCGGUCGCCAUCAGCUCCACGGACACGACGCUCAACGUCAUGCAGACGUGCGGGGGCAAGCUCCUCAUGACCCUCACGGAGGGGGGCUGCCAGUACUUGCUGGCCGGCGCGCGGGCGACGGCGGGCAUGAGAGCGGGCCGGUACAUGUUCGAGGUCAAGAUUGUCGAGACCCUGAGCCCUGCAGAGGGGCAGCCACCCGCCCGCGCCGGGGCGCGCAACCCAGUGCGCGUGGGGGUGUCCCUGGCGGGCUCGUCGUUGCUCCUGCCGGACGGCCCCGGGGGCGUGUGCUUCGACUCCGACGGCUGCUGGGUGUACGAGAAGACGAAGAAGAAGGUCUCGGGGAAGUUCUCCAGGGACCAGACCGUGGCGCUGCUGGUCAACCUCGACCCCGCCAGCCCCAACGCCAACACCAUCAGCCUGUUCAGGGACGGAGUGCGAGUGGCCGAGCCGCAGCCGCUGCCGGAGGCCCUGGUCGGGAAGACGCUCUACCCCACCGUCGCGUACAAGAACGUGACGCUGCAGGUGAACUUCGGGCCCGUGCCGCUGCACAAGCUCCCGUUCGCCUGCCGCACGCUGGCCAGCGCCGCCGCCGACGACGUCGAGCUCGCCCCACCCGCUGGCGCCCAGGGCGAGGUGGUCUUCCCCGUCGGCCUGCCGGAGCAGGGCUUCUUCGACUGGGUGGAUUCCUUCCUGAAGGACAACCCGGGCUACACAGAGCUCUCGGAUCGGAAGAUCUUGGAGUGGGCCAUCAAAAGCGGGCUGUGGAAGCAGAAGACCACAAACGCCUCCAACGACAAGCCCGACAUGAAGUUCAACAUCGGGAUGAUGGACGACAUGAGCGUGAAGAGGGUGCUCUUGUCCAUCGCCCCGACGCACACGCGGAACUACAUCGUGCCAGAGCUCAAGGGGAACCUCACCGAGCAGGAUCGGAAGAUUAUGCUCCAGAAGUUCGCGGGCCCGGAUUUCAAGAAGACGGCCACGGUCAUCAUGGGCGAGCCCACCGCGGAGUUCAAGGAAAAGGUCCAGGAGAUGACGCUUGCGGCCAAGCAGGCGGAGGCCAACAAGGAGAAAAAGAAGAAGGCCCAGGAGGCGGAGCGCAAGCGCGCCUUGGAGGAGAAGAAGAAGAAAGCUGAGGAGGCCAAGAAGGCUAAGCUGGCUGCCCAGAAGAAAAAGGACGGCAAGGUUGAGGAGGAAGAGGAGAAGGCCGAGGAGCCGGCAGAGGAGCCUAAGGAGGAGCCCAAGGAGGAGCCAGACGCCCCCGUGGUGCUCACCGAGGAGGAGAAGAAGGUAUGGUUCCGCAAGGGAGAGAUGCCAGACAUCGGCGAGAAGACCCUGGCCAAGUUUUACGCGCAGUUCUCCCUGCCGACCGCAGCGGACGGCUUCGAUUCUGUCUCCUUCGCCUGGCAGCCAGAGGCGGCUUGCGCCGAGCACCUGAAGGCCUGGGUCUUCGAGAGGAAGAUGACCCAGCGUGUGGAGGAUCUGCAGCCUGGUGAGUCGUUCAAGGAGGAGUGGAGCAAGUGGCAGAAGACUGUGCAGGAGUGGAGGAAGAAGCAGGGCGAAUGGAGGGACCCCAACAAGCGGAAAGCGAUGGUCGCCAAGAAGAAGGAGGAGGCGAAGAAGAAAAAGGAGGAGGCGGGUGAGGAGGCCGCGCAGGAGGAGGCGGAGCCGAUGGAGAUCAACGCGGAGGACAUCGACGCUAUGGAGGUGGAGGACGUCACGGACCUCGGCAAUUGCGAGCCGCUCUUUGCCCACUUCGUCUACGAGGACUGGACUCUGCUGAGCCUGCGCUACGAGUUCAACCUGCUGCUGCACUCCUUCAAAAAAGACCUCAACGACCCGGACAGGCCAGGCUUCAAGGAGGAGCACCUCGCGUUCUAUUACACGAAGUACUUCAAGAAGACUUUCACUCUGAAAAACUACGGCGUCGAGAAAAUCGCAGACUUUGUUGAGCUCGUCAAGGAGAACGUGACCAUCAAUGAGAAGACAGGUUUCUUUGAGCCGGUGCUGGAGCUGGACACGGCGCCAGCACACUUCGUGAAGCUCACGGAGGAGCACCGCCGCGAAAGGGCGCGUCGCGUAGACGCAGGCGACGAGACGGCGAAGCUCAAAUUCACCCGUCCUGCGCCACCAGCAAAGCCGCAGGGUGCGCCUCCCAGCGGCGGCGGCGGCAAGGGGCGGCGACCGCAGAGCGGGCAGCUACGGAGGCGCGCCCUACGCCGGCAACUCGUCCUACUCGUCGGGCCAGGGCUACAAGCGGCCCGCGCCGCCGUCGGCGCCGCCGGCGCAGCACUCGAAGUAUGCGCGCACGGGCGGCGGAGGCGGCGGCGCCUACGACAGGGGCGGCCGCGGCGGCGGCGCGUAUGACAGGGGCAGCUACUACAGGCGCUAGCGGCCGCUCCACGGGGGGGCUGCGCGGGGCGCGCGGGCCG